AUGGCUCAGGGCACCAGGAGCCUCAACAGCGACUACAAGGAUUGGGAGUGGAGCGCUGACGCUGGGGAACGGGCCAGACUCCUGCAGAGCCCCAGCGUGGAAACGGUGCCCAAGAGCGGAGAGAGCCAAGGCAACGGUCUGGGGGCCACGUCAGCGUUGGGAGCCAUCUUCAUCGUGGUCAAUGCUGCCCUUGGGGCCGGGCUGCUGAACUUCCCCGCUGCCUUCAGCAUGGCUGGUGGCGUGGCUGCGGGCAUUGCACUGCAGAUGUGCAUGUUGAUCUUCAUCAUUGGAGGCCUGGUGAUCCUGGCGUACUGCUCGCAGGCCAGCAAUGAGCGGACCUACCAGGAGGUGGUGUGGGCCGUCUGCGGGAAGGUGCCCGGCGUGCUGUGCGAGGUGGCCAUCGCUGUCUACACCUUUGGCACCUGCAUCGCUUUCCUCAUCAUCAUCGGAGACCAGGAGGACAAGAUCAUUGCUGCUCUGGUGACGGAGCCUGAGGAAGCUGGGAGCAGCCACUGGUACACAGACCGCAGGUUCACCAUCAGCAUCACCGCCUUCCUCUUCAUCCUGCCCCUCUCCAUCCCCAAGGAGAUUGGCUUCCAAAAAUAUGCCAGCUCCCUAAGCGUGAUUGGCACGUGGUACGUCACAGCAGUCAUCAUCAUCAAGUACAUCUGGCCUGACAAGGAGCUGGUGCCUGGGGACAUCCCCACCAGGCCCCGGUGUGCCGGGAGUGCCAGGUCCUGGGAACACCUUGCUCCGUGCAAAGGCAUCGUCCUGGGUGGGGGGACACGGUACCGGCAGGGGGGGCAGUGCCACGUGAGCAGCGUGCCCGUCUUUAACAGCAUGAAGCAGCCAGAGGUGAAGACCUGGGGGGCGGUGGUGACGGCGGCCAUGGUGAUCGCUCUCUUCGUCUACACAGGCACUGGCGUCUGUGGCUUCCUGACCUUUGGGGCCGGUGUGGAGCAGGAUGUCUUGCUGUCCUACCCCUCCAACGACAUCCCUGUUGCCCUCGCCCGAGCCUUCAUCAUCCUCUGCGUACUGACAUCCUACCCCAUCCUGCACUUCUGCGGCCGGGCUGUCUUGGAGGGUCUCUGGCUCCGCUACACUGGGGUGACGGUGGAGGAGGAUGUGGUUCGGGAGCGGAGGAGGCGCGUGCUUCAGACCAUCAGCUGGUUCCUCCUGACCCUCCUCCUGGCUCUCUUCAUCCCCGACAUCGGCAAAGUCAUCUCUGUCAUCGGGGGCUUGGCCGCCUGCUUCAUCUUCGUCUUCCCAGGGCUCUGCCUGAUUCAAGCCAAGCUCUCUGAGAUCCAAGAAACCAGGGCAAUCAGCUGGUGGGCCCAGGUCAGCUACGGGGUGUUCAUGGUCACCCUCGGAGCCUUCAUCUUCGGACAGACCACUGCCAACGCCAUCUUCGUGGAUCUCACAGCCUGA